UUUGUUUUUAUAUAUAUAUAUAUAUAUAUAUAUAUAUAUAUAUAUAUAUAUGUAUAUAUAUAUAUAUAUAUAUAUAUAUAUACAUACACACGUGGUUGUUUUAUGAUGUUUGAUGCUAAAUGAAUUAAAUGAAUUUUGUGGGUUUUGUUUUUAAUUUUUAUUGUUAUUUUUAAUGCAAAUGGUUAGACCACAAGCUGUAAAUAACCAAGUACUUGAAUAACAAUUUUUGCAAUUAAUACCUUAAUAUGUAACUUUGCAUGCAUCAUGUACAAAAAUAUUUUCUUUAACCUGCUUUAUUUUUAAUUAAUUGGCAACUGUGCUAGUAAACUAAUGAAACAUGGUACUGUAAAAUAUUUGUUGUUGUUGUUUUGCAAUUAAAGCUCUGGCAGACCAACUGUGGCUGUAGUUAUUAAUAAUCAACAUAAUACUUUUGUUCUCAGUGGCGACUCUAGCGGUCAGAUUAAUGUGCUGGAUUCGAGCUUUGGUCAGUUUGGUUCACUCGGUUCGUAUGAACGGAUCGUUCGAAUCGAAGCCGUUAAAAACGCGACUCGCGGAUUCGAUCAAUCCUAUCGUACAUGCUUCGCGACUCGGUUCGUUCGAACUGACUCAGCAGGCGAAUCGAACGCCGCCGCCGCUGUUCUUUGUCCUCGCGGUGACUGACUGCAUAUGAUCCCGCUGAAUGUACAUUAUUUAUUCCUCCGUUUACAGUCUGUAUUCAUCAAACAGAAGAUCUGAAGGAUGGUGUUAGUUCAUGUCGGAUAUCUGGUUCUUCCUGUCUUUGGCUCUGUGAGAAAUAGAGGAUCUCAUUUUAACAGGCAUCAGCACAGUCAUGCUACCUCUUGCCGGCAUUUCCACGUUGGCCCCCAGGCCCAGAUCCCUGUUGAUUUCCCAAUGCCCCAUCCAGGACAAUCUCAGACAGGAAUGAGCCAUCAUCUCGGCCCCACGCACCAGCCAGCCACGGCGUUACAUCCACCCCUCAACCACAUACCAGCUCCACCGUUCCAGGACAUCCCACCCCCGUCCUUCCUACCUCAGGCUUUACACCAGCAAUACCUCAUCCAGCAGCAGAUCCUGGAGGCCCAGCACAGGAGGAUACUUCCACAGCCCAGCAGACAUGCUCCAGACCGAACCCUUACCCAUCCGCAGACGCUGCGGCCGCCGUAUGAAUACCCUCCAUCCAUUCACAUUCCCCCACCGCCGCAGCAGCCGCGCUACCUUGCCGAAGGAACGGACUGGGAUCUGAGUGUGGAUCCAGCCCUGCCUCAGUACCACGUCUCUCCCCUUACUCAACAUUAUCAGCAUUACCUGACCUCUCCACGACUGCACCACUUCCCCAGGAACACCACCUCAGCACAAGUGGUUUUCCAUGAGAUCAGAAACUAUCCGUAUCCUCAGUUACAUCUGCUGGCUCUCCAAAGCCUCAGUCCGUCUCGCCAUGCGUCUGCCGUGCGGGAGAGUUACGAGGAGCUCCUGCAGUUGGAGGACAGACUGGGCAAUGUGAACAGAGGAGCUGUGCAGACCACCAUCGAGAGGUUUACUUUUCCUCACAAGUAUAAAAAAAGAAGACCUCUAGAGCUGAAGAUUGGCAUGGAUGAGGAGGAGCUCGACACGGAUGAGAAAUGCACAAUAUGCCUCUCGAUGCUUGAGGACGGAGAGGACGUCAGGAGAUUACCCUGCAUGCACCUCUUCCAUCAGGCUUGUGUUGACCAGUGGCUGGCAACCAAUAAGAAGUGUCCCAUCUGCAGGGUAGACAUUGAGACGCAGUUGUCCCCCGAUAGCUGAUGUCUCGUGUAGCACUAGCUAAAAGUCCUAUUGUCUUUCUUCAUCCCCUCGUGGGUACUUUGCCAAAUGUGUGUCAUCUCCAUCACCUCUCACCUCUGACCUUUGCCUUCUGAGCCAACUGAUGAUGUAGAACAGGGAAGACGGAUAGCCCUGAAGACAGAGUCCAUCCAGCACAUGGAGAAGAACGAGUCUGUCGAUGAAGAUGGUUUCAGUCAAAGUGCUCUGAAUGUGUGUGUGUUUUUAGAGCGGCAAAUGCCACUCCGAACGUCUCAAAUGAAGACCAACCAAAUGUUCUCAGUGUUCAGUAGGUCACAGAUGAAGCAUUACAUCAUGAACACCACAAAGUCCAACAUAUUACACGUGGUUGGUCAUGAACUUUAAAUGUAGUUGAACGAAUCAUUUGUGAAAAAAAACAAAAAAACAACGGGAAUCAAAGUCAUUAGCGAAUGAGAGAACCAUAAGAGUAGAACAAUGACCCUGUAUUUAAAAACGCUCCGUCGUCGUGUCUGUAAUUAUCGGAGGUGAUGCUUGAUGCCCAUAUGUAAAACCGUAAGGCCAGGCUUGAUAUGAACCGUGACAGUCCGCAUUUUGUGCUUGUGAUGCCUUGAGGAUCGUAUUCACCAAAUGCAUGUUGAAGCGAGAGGUUCUUCUGACGAGAGGUCGACAUGCAUGAGGACGUUUCCUGCGCGAUAUUCUACUAAUCCUGAAGACACUGUGUUCUCGAUGCGUCUCCGAAGUCACUACGAGUGAAAUAUGUACCUUAAUGCCUGUAGCACAAGCACACGUUAAAUACUAACGGCAUAACUCCGUGUUUCCAUUCGCGCUGUGACUCGUAGUCUCGCUUGGUCGUAAAGCAGCAUCUGUAGAGUCAUAAUGUGCAUGAAACAUGUUUGCUGCCAUUUCUAGAGGACAUGACAAGGGAGUAAAGCCAUUCGUUUUAUAGAAACCAAACAUAACUUUUCUAAGCUCUUCUUCAUGAUCAUGAUUUCUCGUUUGAUUUCUUCUUUUUCCUACUGUUGCCAACCUGUGUGCGAGGCUGGUUCAGUGUCUCGACUAGUAGCUGCAAUGCUGGCAAAAACAAACAAGUAAUUUUUUGUCGUCUUAAUGUAGUUAGUGGUUAUUUUUGUAAAUGCACUCAAUUUCUGAUGGGGUCGUGUGAUUGUUUCCCUUUCCCUGCUUUUUGCAUUUGCACUCAGUUUCCUUGCGUAUCGUGCACUCAGUCCAAAAAAAAAAAGAGAAGAAAUGAAAAAACUAACAAGGGAACAGACUCUUUAACAGCACAGUUCUUUGCGUAAUGAUAGUUGUUGCCUCACUGACCACUUUAAAUGUACGUGACUGUUUUUUCGUAGCAUUUCAGAUGUCUUUGUAGAGUGUUCUGCGAAAUAACCUUCUUGACUUUGCUUUCAAAACUUAUCCUUAAUUCAAGCGUUCAGCGGCUUGGAGGCUAAAAAGUUGGAAGCGCGUUCUUGUUUGCGAUCCGCCGUGUAUCGCGUGAACUUUUCUCAUCGUCCGUCUGCGUUUUAUAGUUUACACAUGAUAUUGUGCGUCGAAAUGCCUUAAGUAUUUAACAAUCAUUAUUUAUGACUAACUUUACCUACUAUGAGUGCGUAUUUAAGUUCUGAACUAGUAUCGCAAUGUAAUCGGUCGGUUUAUUUAUUUGCGUCAGCAUAACGUGUGUAUAAAUACCUCAUUGUGCUAUACUUUAAUGGGAGUGCUUUGCUUGCAUGUGGUUGUACUUUAGGGGGCAUAAGUGUCAAAACAAGGUAAAAUCUCCCCCGAGGGCGUGGUGCUGUAGUUUUCUUGGUCACAUUCCAUUAAUGCAAUUUCAGAUGUGAGCUCGUAGGCAAACUGUUCAAUGGACUGGAAUUGUUUUGCAUGUCUCUCCUGGUUUUGCCUACUGCGAACAUCGUCCGCUCGUUUCGUCGCUCUGAAGCGAGCCGGCGAUUCCAGGCCGUGAAUCUGUUUUCAGUGUUUUCAGUAGUGAGGAGUGAGUUCAGCGCUUACUGUGAUUGAUUAUAGCUGCUUGUCUUGUCCCCAUCUGGCUUUAACUUUGGGUCGAUUUAUCCUGUAUUUUUAAUCGGGAUUUAAAGUGAUGCUUAUUUUUCCCAUAAGUAGCAGAUUUCCUUUACGUAUCGGUACUUCAUAAGAGGGGCUUUAAAUGUCUGAAUGCAGGUCGUGUUUUGGCACAUUCUAGCGUAGCUACCGUACGUUUAUCAAAUUCCACGAUUUUAGCGCGUACGGUUAUUUAGCUUGGAUCCCCCCCAAUAUAAAUCUGCCAAUACGGCGUUGUGUUUACAGUAGAAACACACCGAUACUGCAGAUGACUCUUAUUUCCGAUGAAAUAAGCGUUUUUUUUCUGCCAUACGAAACUUUUUUUUUUUCAACAUGGUUGCGCCGAAAUAGACAAAAAAAUAACAAUGGCUUUAUAUUUUACGAUUUGUGUUUCUAGCCUGUGUAGCCUUAAAGUCUCUUGAUUUGAUCCAUCUCUCCAGCAGAUUUUGGACAUAAGCAAUAGUAGUAUCAUGUUUCGCUAACAGACUGAACCGUAGAUCCUAAAGCACAAGCUCUGUAAUGCAUGUCUUUCUCAGGUUUUAAUAUGCGUAUGAGAAUGGAUACAUAUGUUAAAAUAUUUUACCAUAAAUAUUUCUGAUGUUUUUCUGCUGCUGACAUUAAAAGAAAAAAGAAAAAAAAAUAGUUGAAUAACCUGCCAGUGAAAGGGAAGUGGCUCUUUGUAUAAGACACUGCUGUGUGCUGUUACUGCGCAAUGUUUUCUGACAUGAAUAUUUUAUAGCUCAAGUAGAAAAAUAUGUAUUGACAAUAUUUAAGCAAUAGCUUGGUGAUUAUAAUGUAUGAUAACUAGAUACGUGUAUAUUGCAUUAAAAAAAAAAUCAUAGAUUCACUUUUGGUGGAUUUUGUACUGUAUUUAUUACUAAUGAUGAUGCAAAAAGUUGCAUAGCUUAACCCAAAUUUUCUUUCUUUUUUAAUUUCUUGUCUUGUAUAUGACCCUUUUUGUAUGUGUUUUUUCAAAUAAAAUGUUGAAAAUGGC